GCUAAAAAACCAAUGAUUUUUUAGUAUGUCGAUAUUUCAUGUCACGGACCUCGUCCGUGCCAGUGAUAUUUUUCUUGGUCGGUAUUUCAGACUCUGAGACACAAAACCUUAUUUGAUGUCCGAUCUAUCCCAAUGGUCUAUUCAUAUAUUUCGUCUGCGAUCAUGUACGCCUAGAAUAUAACAGCAGAUGGUAGCACAAGAGUUCUUCACAGAUUCUGUGAAAAUGUGUGGGUAGUAUCAUUGACUACAGUCAGUGAUAGUAUGAAGUAACUAUCUCUUGGUUGUGGCAGUACACAAUUCCACGCGUCAUAUAUGGUCAGACGUGCAAUUACAUUCGUUAUGAUAUCCUAUUAAACAUUAUGUAUCAUAACAAUUUAUAAUAAUUUAUGCAAUUGAUGUACGUUUCGAUGUUAUCUUAUGGAUUUCACAUCUUGUUACCAGACGGCCUAAAUACAACGAAGUUAUGUAGUUUUGUGUCAGCAUUGCUUGUGUGUGGAAUUAUGGUUAUAUUUAGUAUAUGACGACUACAGUGUUUUGAAGCACCGAAGCACUGCCACUCCUCCAGUAUAGUAUUUACACAGUUUUCUUGUUGUAUUUCUAAGUGAAAAAAAAUGGAAGAUAUAUUUCAGUGGUGUCGUGAAGGGAAUGCUAUGCAAGUACGCGUUUGGCUAGAUGACACCGAACAUGACAUGAAUCAAGGUGAUGAUCAUGGAUUUAGUCCACUCCACUGGUGUUGCAAAGAAGGACAUUUAAAAUUGGCAGAGUUAUUAGUUAGCAGAGGAGCACGUAUUAAUGCAACUAACAGAGGAGAUGACACCCCUCUUCACCUUGCUUCUGCCCAUGGACACAAGGAGAUAGUUCAAUUGUUACUUAGAAAUCGAGCUGAUGUCAAUGUCACAAAUGAGCAUGGUAACACUGCCCUCCAUUAUGCGUGCUUUUGGGGUGAUCAAGCAGUUUCUGAGGAAUUAGUGGCUGCUGGUGCUUUGGUAUCUAUUGCAAACAAAGAUGGUGAUACUCCAUUGGAUAAAGCAAGAGGCCAUUUAGCUAAAAGAUUACAUGGUGAUGCUACACUGUCAAGGCAUAAAGGAAUAAACAUGGCAGAUCUUUCUUUGCAUACUCAUUUGGCAAGUACACCAAGUGGUGAGACAUGGCGAGGACGUUGGCAAAAUAACGACAUUGUAGCAAAAAUUUUGAAUAUUCGUGAAUGUACAGCUCGAAUUUCAAGAGAUUUUAACGAAGAAUUCCCGAAAUUAAGAAUUUUCUCACAUCCGAAUGUACUGCCUGUGCUUGGUUGUGUCAAUCAACCACCACAAUUGGCGACAGUCUCGCAAUAUAUGGCGCGUGGAAGUUUACACAGACUUUUACAUGGAGGUACAGGUGUUGUGGUUGACACUGCUCGCGCACUUAGACUUGCUCUCGACGUUGCAAGAGCCAUGGCAUUUCUUCAUGGGCUUGAAAGACAAAAUAGAUGCAGAUUUCACCUCAAUAGUAAACAUAUCAUGAUUGAUGAAGAUUUAACUGCUCGUGUCAACAUGGCAGAUUCCAAAUUUUCAUUUCAAGAGGUGGGUCGAAUUUAUGAACCCGCGUGGAUGUCUCCGGAAGCUUUAAGUAAACGUCCAGCAGAUAUAAAUCUCGAAGCCAGUGAUAUGUGGAGUUUUGCCGUUUUGCUAUGGGAACUUGCUACUAGAGAAGUUCCAUUUGCUGAUCUUCCACCAAUGGAAUGUGGCAUGAAAAUCGCACUAGAAGAUUUACGUGUCAGUAUACCUCCAGGAAUCUCACCGCAUCUUGCUAAGCUUAUUAGAAUUUGCAUGAAUGAAGAUCCAGGAAAACGCCCGUCUUUUGACAUGGUCGUUCCUAUACUCGAUAAAAUGAAACGCUAAUUUUUGAUACAAUUUUCAUUCCGAAAAAAAGUAAUUGAACUUACUGUAAAUUGCACUUACUAAAACAUUAUGAGUACAGUGUCAAUUAAUCUAUCUGGAUGCCUUUAUUGAAAUGACUGAAUUAUAUUUUUUAUAUAAUCGUGUUUAAAGGAAUAAUGUGCCUCUGAAUAUUUCUUCCACAAUAUUGUAUUCAUAUACAGUAACAAGUAUAUUGUUAUCUGUUUAACAUAAUUGUUAUAUAAUUUUCAUACAUCCGUAUUUAUAUUGUCACUAUAAUUAUAUUCAUAUUUUUUAAAUGAAUAUUAACUCAUUUUUUUUUAUAUAUGUUACAAUUGAUUUUAUAUAGUUGUUGAUUCUGUUCAUAAUAUUUUCAUUUAUCAAAUGUUAAUUAUAAUUAAUACUUGAUGUGACAGUUGUUUUUCCUGUUACCUCACUUUGAAUAUGGCUAGCAUACAUUGUAUCAACAUCAAACAUUAGAUCUUAUAAUCUUUGACACAUUUGUAUUUUAAAAUCAAGAUAAAUAAAACUAUAUAUGUAAAUAAUGAUUGAAAAUAUUUAAAAUUUAUUUUCCUAUUUGAAUUAUAAAUUUGCAAUUGAGGGAAAAAAU